AUGAAGGCGCCGACUGCUCUCCUCGUCCUCGCCGUGCUGGCAGAGGGCGCCGUCCCUGGACCACGCGUCGAGCCUGCUCCGCCCGCGAGGGAAAAGCGCGACGGCAAAACAUUCAGUGUGGCCCAAAUCCCAAACAAGAACUUCCAGGGCGUCGAUGUGCCGGUGGCCUUUAUGAAGGCGCAUUUGCGAUAUGGCAAGUCGCUGCCACCGCAGCUCUCACGCGCGGUCAAAAAGAACCCGGCACUUAUGACCAAGUUCAAGGCUCUCUCGCCUCAAGUCGGAGAAGCUGGGACCGUCCAGGCCAUACCGGCCGAGACGUUCGACUCGGAAUACGUCGUGCCUGUCGGCUUUGGCACCCCGCCGCAGACUAUAAACGUCAACCUGGACACGGGGUCCGCAGACCUAUGGGUCUUUUCGUCCAAGACUAGCAAACAAAGCGUCAAUGGCCAGACUCUGUACCGCCCAGAGGACUCGUCGACGGCGAAGCUCCAGCAAAACUAUACUUGGCAGAUCAAGUAUGGCGACGAGUCGGGCGCUUCGGGCAUUGUGUACAAGGACCGGGUGCAGGUCGGACAGACGUACUUUGAUCAGCAGGCCGUGGAGGCUGCCGUCAACGUCUCUCCAGAGAUCGCGGCCGAUUCUUUCGCGUCGGGCAUCCUGGGCCUGUCCAUGUCCCGGGCUAACACGGUAAAACCCCAGGCGCAGCUCACGUACAUGGACAACAUCAAGAAGGACCUUGCGCAGCCCCUCUUCACGUCCAACCUGCGAAGCCAGCAGCCGGGCAACUACAACUUUGGUUACAUCAACCAGUCCGAGUACACUGGACAGAUCCAGUACGCCAAGAUCGAUCCGCAGUCGCCGUACUGGAAGAUCUCCCUCACGGGCUACCAGGUCGGCAAUAACACCAGCGACCUCAAGUCGUAUGCAUGGAACGCCAUCGUCGACACAGGCACGUCGCUGCUGCUGGCGCCGGAGGAAAUCCUCAAGGGCUACUGGAGCAAGGUGCAGGGGGCAACUACCGACGACAAGGGCAUGUACGUGUAUCCGUGUUCGACAACGCCCCCCGACUUUUACUUCGCCAUCGGGCAGUACCGCGGAUUCGUCCCGGGCGCGUACAUCAACUACGGCAAGGUCAACGACACCACGUGCUUCGGCGGGAUCCAGACCUCGGACAAGAUUGGCUUUGCCAUCCUGGGAGACGUGCUGCUCAAGGCGCAGUUUGUGGUGUUUGACCUGGGCGCCAUGACGGUCGGGUUCGCCAACAAGAAUCUCAACGCCGCGCGGAGGAGCUAG